CGCUCACUACGACUGCAAUGACUCGAGACUUAGACCUAUACAGCAAGUGUCGUUCUCGAACCUCAUUGCUGUGGAAAUACUCAGGCAUUGGAUCCUUGUCGUGACUCAUCUUCACGAGUCCCUGCGCGGCUAUACCGUUUCUUUGGACACUAGGAAUCCCAGGCUUUGAAACACUGUUGCAAGGAUGUCCAUAUUACUUGUGCAUAUAUGACCGGAUACGUCAUUAACGUUACCUGUCAGUGUACGUCCUCGUGCGCAUCAAUCGCUUGGACCCUAUACCUCUUGCUCGAAGCUGUUGAAACGGAUACACUGGCAACACCGUGACGGAAUCUCUAUAACGAAACUGACUCACAUGCUGUUGUGUACGUUCCUACAAACGCGGUCCUCAGUAAAUGGACAAAUGGACUCGCUAAGCGGCUGCGCUAGCUGUGCUCAGGACUCCGGACCCGAGUCAUUGUUGGUCCUCCUACCCCGUGCUGUAGAUUCCCGCAGGGCCAUAUAAACCGGAAGAGAGCUUCGACAAGUCUCAUCAGUUUCCUCACCAUCUCUCCCAUUUUCCUCCUGACUACUAGCCAAAGCACUCUGAAAUGCCUUCACUCGUCGCCACCUCCCGUGUCACAGUCUUCAAGACCGCACGUUCGCUACUAGACGCGUACGGCAAAGACUUGAAGGCAUGCGCAGGGCCCGCCAACAUAAUCUUGCCCAUCGCCGAGAAAGCUUGUUAUGCAAACGAUGGCCGCAACACUUGGCUCAUUUACAAGAAGUCUGAAAUAUCUAGCCCGCUCCUGAUCCUAUCAUGCACCCAGGGUGAUAUGGGGGCAUAUCCCAUUUUCAUCUUUACACCUUUGUCGAUCGCAGAGUUGCAGCACGAAGACAUCGACGGAGCUGUACGUGAGCUCUGUCAAACCUUGCUUGGCGCGGUCGAGCGGAAGCGAGUUUACUCGGUGUUCGCUGUCAAGCCGGUGGCGGAAACCUUCGCUACGGUUUGGUCAGAGGUCUCUGGCGUAGCGGCUAUUCCUGAACCGUACUAUGAUGCGACAUUCUCGUAUUGUACCAAGUCCUCAAUCACGCGCUCCCAUUCAUAUCGACCCGACCUCGUUUUCGAGCUGCGCCGUGGACAGUAUGAGGACAUCGAGGGCAUUGCGAUGCUCUGCCGCGACUUUUCUCGGACAUCGGAACCAUUCGUGUUGGACCUGGACGAAGCACACAGAGAGGCUCAGAUCCUCGUCGAGAAGCAGCAGGUUUGGGUCCACACGGUCCAACGGGGUGAUGCCCCACCAGAGAUUGCCUCUCUCGUCGCGGUGACACGUUCGGCUGGCGAUUCUGCAGCCAUCACAAAAGUGUUCACUAGCAACAAGUGGCGCCAACUCGGCUGCGCUGAGCGCCUCGUCCGCCGCGUUUGCAACCAACUCCUCAGGGAGAAAGAGCGCGUCGUACUCUAUGUCGGCAACAACAACCCGGCUGCCAAAGUUUAUGGCCGCGUUGGCUUCAAGGGUCUUGGUGGUUCCACUCCUGUGGAGGGCGUAGAGCCCUGGUCCGAGAUAGGUUUCGACCGGAACCAGGUUGAGCUUGGCCAAUGGUAGAUUGUACUAACAUAUAUUUCUUGGACAUUCAUCAUGUUUUCGCUUUGUUUCAUCUUUUGACAUGCUGUAUCCUUUCCACACACAUUAGCUACUAUAUAAUUAAUUGCACAGAGAACAGCCGUAUCCAUACAACGAAUUCCAUCACAGCAUUAUACUUGUCAUUACAGUGUAGUUUCU